CGGCGGCAGUGAUCACCAGGGGUUCGACUUUUUCAAGAUUACCGUCGAUUUGACCGAAGAGGGUGUCGAUCACACCGAAGACAUCAUCGCUCUGGCCAUACAAUACAUAAAUAUGCUUAAAAGUGAAGGACCCAAACAAUGGGUUUACAAUGAAUUGAAGCAAAUGUUGGAAAUUAAUUUCCAGUGCGAAGAGAAGUCCCAACCAAUCAGUUAUGUCCAGCAUUUGGUUCACACUUUACUGUUAUACCCAAUUGAAGACGUAUUGCGUGUGUCUUAUCGUAUGGAUGAAUACAAACCAGAGCUGACCACAGAAGUGCUGAACGAGUUAAACGCCGAUCGGAUGCGAGUGAGAGUUGUGGGCAAAAAGUAUGAGUCAAUAGUGGAUCAAACGGAGCGCUGGUAUGGAACCAAAUACUCAUUUCAAGACAUUCCUCCGGAGAAGACUAAAUUGUGGCUAAAUAUUGGACUCAACGAGCGUUUAGCGCUUCCGCCGCCCAAUGACUUCAUUCCCUAUAAUCUAAACGUCAAACCAAUUGAAGACAACAAUCAAAUAGAGCCUCAAAUAAUCAGAAACAACGAGUUUUCUCGCGUUUGGUAUUUACAGGACUUUGAAUACAGAAAACCUAAAGCCUAUUAUGCGUUCAAAUUAACAAAGCCAUCGGGUGUUGUCUUCGGUAAUCAAAUCGAUUCCAUUGAAGAGAUUGUCCGCAAACUCGUCGGUGUUGUCGGAGAGGGGGAACCGACCGCUCAUUCCAGAGAUUACUAUAUCAUUGAAUGA